AUGCCUGACUUGCGUCGACAAGUCUUCGAGAGCGGCAAGACAAUCUCUCGCAAGGCUGCCUCGCGCGAAGGGUCUCGUCGCACUUCACGAGCCAACUCUACUCCGAAUUCUCGACAAUCCUCUCAGAACCCAAGUAGACAUGCAUCGGACGAAGAGGAUGCUGGCAAUCUGAGCGACGAUACUGCCUUGAGUAUUGGCUCUCUGGAUGAUCUGACUGAUAACCCGGAAAUUGACAACGCCAACUGGGCGGAAGAGCUUGGUGACGUCGUCGAGGACAUUCUAGAUCGGAAGCGCAGCAGUAUCUUGAGUCGCGAAGAAGCUUACGCCGCAUUCUGUCGCCUGUCCAAAGGACAUUACAUCGAAGAGCAGAUUCGCUUCCGGGCAAGUGAUCUUUUGGCCGCCUUUUGCCGCAGCGUCAAGUUUGAGAACAGCGUGCGCGAGACCACUUUGGCACUCCGCGCCCUCGAGCUCCUCGCGAUCACUGCGGUCGACAACACUAUCUACGAGAAUGUCGAGCCGCUACUCACUCGUGCGAUCAGGGACUCGACCUCCCACGUUGUCAAGGCCGGCGCCAUUCAUUGUCUCGGCACAUGCACCAUGUUUGGAGGCGCCGGCGAAGGCGGCAUCCUAGACCAAAUGACCUUCCUUUUGGACAUUGCAGCCUCCGAUGGACAGUCCAUCGAAGCUGGCGAUGACCCGGGAAGCGUCACGGCGGCUCUCCAAGAAUGGGGUGCCAUGGCGACCGAGAUCGACGAUCUGGAGGGCGAAAGUGAGGACGCCAUUCAGAUUUUCAUGGACCAGCUGAACAGCGGCGACUUGUCGGUUCAGAUCGCCGCAGGCGAGAACAUCGCGCUUCUGUACGAGAAGAGCUACACCCCGCAGGAGGAUGACGAAGAUAGCGAAGAAAGCCAGGAAGAAUCAGACGAGGAGUCGUUCAUGAGCGCUCAGGGCGAACGAGACGGUCCCAAACUGAUCAAACGCUACAACGCAUACCACAACACCCACGAGUUGGAGAGUCAGCUCCAAUCACUAGCCACGAUACACAGCAAGCACAUCAGCAAGCGAGACAAGAAGAACCUGCACAGCAACUUCGCCUCGAUCCUGACCACGGUCGAGAACCCUCGCCGAGGACCCAUGUACAACACGGCCAUCGACCAAGAAACUAACCGCCAUUACGGCAGCAAGCUCACCGUUAAGAUCGGCCGCCAGGGCGUUAUGAACAUCGACCGCUGGUGGAAAUGGAUCCGACUCAACUCCCUGCGUCGCAUCCUCCAGGGAGGCUUCGCGCAGCAUUACUACCAAGGCAACCGCGCGGUCCUGGACAGCCUUCCCGUCAUGGUCCGUCAAAGCACGCCGGCCGAUCGAGACCGAAGCAUGGCCAAGAAAGCGGCCAAAUCGCGCAACAACCGACGAUGGGCCGUGCAUCAACAAUCGGAUGAAGAAUAA